UGUACAAGGGCGUAUCGACACGCAAAAUAUAUUAAAACGUCUACUUGAGUUGUCAUGGUUAUUGCCAUGCAAUUAGCGCUCUUCUGGCGUCGACCCGAUCACUAACAAUGAAAUGUAUCACAAAUAUUUGUAGUCCACAGGCAUGUAGACUGCAUUAAGCCAGAAACUUCCGCGUGCAGUACAACUGUCAUAAAACGUUCACAAUAGUUUGCGUGAGUAGGCAUGCAUCACGCGAUCACGCACAGUGUAACCAUUAUGGUGCUCGUGGGCUUAGCGACGAGCCUCAAUUUGAAGAAGAGUCUGGGAAAAGGUGUCGGCCAGUUCCAGCUUCAGGUUGUCAAUCCUUUCCAGCGUGUGAUCAAACAGCUGAACCAGGCCCAGGAGGCGGCUCUGUACGCUGAGGUCAGCCAGAAGGUCGCCGUUCGAGGCGAGUACGAUCGUCGAAGAGGCAUCACCGCCGAGGGCAUCGCCGAGAUGGUGUUGAACGUGGCCUACACGCUGCGUCACCACAAGUUCAACGAGUUCGACCGCCGCUACGAGCGCCAGUGGAGCGAGUCGGGGAGGCGGCCGGCGCGCAACCUGUUCCUGCGCUUCCCCCGGCCGGCGCUGACCAGCCUCCACUCCGCAGUGUCGGACCAGUGCUGGCAGAGCCUCUACCAGUGCCUCUGGUACCUCAACACCGUCACCAAGCAGACCUACACGGCGCGCCGGUUCGACCCGCUGGCGCAGCUGCAGCGCACCUUCAAGGAGCCGGCCACUGUGGCGAAUGUGGCUCGGUGGCGCGCCGAGAAUCGCACUCGCUUCCAGCGGCUCCUGACCUCUCACACGUGGCGCUGUGCGCAGCUGCACAAGACGCAGACCGAGCAGCCGGACCCGUUCCGCUCGCUGGUGGAGCGUUUCCGCUGGAUGACCACCGCCAGCUACUUCAUGUGCUGGUACACGAUGCACCAGAUGCCAGAGCUGGCCUACUUCGCCGAGCGCUGUGACAACUACGCCGACUGCAUGCAGACUCCCGACUCCACCGAGGUGGGAAACCAGGACCCGCGAGUGCACUCCACGGACACACCGUUCGCCUGCGCGCUCUACAGCUUCUGCCCGGAGGUGUGCUGCCCACUUCGCACGGUUCGCUCGCUAGAACAGUGUACAAACUCGCCGCUGAACCCCUGCAUGCCCGACAACCGCCCCGGAGAGCGCGACUGCAAGUUCGACGCCGCCGCCAACCGGCAUUUCGACGCGCUCAUCACAAACUACCUGAACGUGUCGUGUCGAUGUCCGCGCGGACACCGCUUCAGUGCCUACUUCCGUCGCUGUGUCGAUAUCGACGAGUGUUACGAGGGCGCCGACGACUGCGAUCGCACCUCAGAGGCCUGUCUGAACUUGCGCGGCGCCUUCGACUGCGUCUGCCGCUACGGCUUCUACUGGAACGCCAGCGAGACCGCCUGCAAGCCGAGCGGCCAGGUGCGUCUGCGCGCCGAGACGGCUCUGGUGCAGCUGCGGCGGUCAGCGCAGAACAAGUCACUCUCGGAGCGACUGCGACAGAUCGAGGUCGACCUGCGCCGGCAGCAGCUGCGGCAGUAUCUCGAGUGGCUGCCGUUCGACACCUCCCGAGUGCCAUCGCUCGGUGAUGUCUCUGAGAAGUUCGGCAAGUUCAGGAAGAGGGUGUCAGAGUUUCGCGAGCUGGUUGGAAUGGGGAUGAGCGCCGCCUGGCGUCUCAGAAGUGAUGCUGUGGUGUGCGGUGUGAUGGCCGCUUGUGUCGCUUUCCUGGCGAGUUGAGCAGUGAGCACUGAGCAGUGAGUAACGUUCCAUAGUUCACUGCUCGAAAGGCGAACAAGACGCGGCCAAUGUGUAAAAUAGCCGUUGGGCUUUACCAUGUUCCUUUGAUUUGUCAUGCUGACGCUCACAGUGUGCAGGCAAUACGAAACUUUUUUACACUGCAGGAUGUGAAUGCGAGUGUUUAAAGCUGUAUGUGCAUGAAUCAAAACAUCUAAAAGGAUGCGCAAUUGAGCAAAUUCCAUCCGAAAAGCGUAUUACAUGCAAAUAUGUGCUGACAAGCAGCUUUACUAAUUUUGUUUACAUAUACCCACGUUCUGCCGCUGUUGUGCAUUCAAUGAUUUAGCAAUGCUCUACAAAACGUCCCAGCCAGUACACCCAAGUGGGUCCCAUAUCGGACCCAUAUGGGACCCACUUGGGUGUGCUGUCUGGGGUUUUUCGUCCCUUUUGGGUGCGACUAAUGAAUCAUGUUAUCAUCGAGAUUCGAGCUGCGUCUUUACCUAUAGCUUGUCACCAACCAGAUGUGGAGAAUGUUGCUGACACCUAAACAG